GAUUGGCCUCAUGAAAUGCCAGUUAGAGGCCAGGGGCCUGAACACCUCGUCUGCACACCUGGCGAACAGCAGCUGUCGGGGCCACCGGGAGCAGGGUGGGAUGGCAUGGCUGACGAUGGGCCGCAGGGAGGGCGAGUGUGGAACCAACCUGACGACAAACGGCACUCAUGCCAUCUACACAAACGCCUUAAGCAUCCAAGGGAAGAUGGUGGGCAAUGUCUUCUUGGUUCCAAGAGUCAGCAUCCCAUUUUCCUGCGCGUAUCCUUUGGACCUGAAGACGAGCCUCGAGGUUGCUGUCAAGCCCAUUAAAACGUAA